AUGUCUUUGAGACCCGCACUCCGACAAAGAGUCUCAUCACCCGGUGAAACGCCUUCGAACAGUACGCCCAAUACCGUCUCACCUUCACCUUCACCUAGUUUCUCAAACUUACCACAGACCACGUCGUCAUCGCGAGUAUCGGUUCAGUUACCCGACCGACCCAGAUCGACCCAAUACGAUUCGACGAUCCACCUACCAUCCGCAAUGUCACAAUCUGGUUCAGCUGGAUUCCCCAGGACCAGGACCAACUCGAGUGGACAGGGUCCAAACGACGGGAAAUAUAGGAGGAAAGUAGGGUUUGAGGCCUUCGAAGCUGGACCAGCGGCGUUAUUUGCUUUCACUUGUCAAGCGAAGAGUGAAGGGUAUAAGCGAUCUCGGAAUACUCGUGUGUUCGCUGUGGCUGUGUCUCCAGAUGAAUCAGGUGAAGACGCCUUGGACUGGUUGAUGUCCGAGUUGGUGGAAGAUGGGGAUGAGGUGGUGGCUAUCAGAGUGAUCGAGCUGGAUGAAGGCGAACGUCAAUCUCAUGAAGCACAAGAUGAACUUCGGGAAGACGCUCAACGGUUGUUGAAAACUAUACUAGAGAAGAAUGAUGAAGCUGAUGAUAGAAGGAUUUCCGUUAUUGUCGAAUUUGUCGCUGGUAAGGUGACGGAGAUCUUGCUUAAGAUGAUCGCCCUUUACCGACCAGAUUCUCUAGUCGUGGGUACGAAAGGUAUCAGAAGUAAAUUCCAAACGUGGGGCAGAGCAUUAGGGGCACCUGGAAUGGGUUCCGUCUCGCGAUUCGCAGUCUCUCAUUCACCUGUACCGGUCAUCGUUGUUCGUCCCGAACGAAAGGUAAAGAAAACCCUGGCCAAACGACAGAACGACCCCAAACGUGGUCAAUAUGCAGCUAUUGUAGGACCGGAUGGUCUUGCUCUCAGUAGAAGUCGAAGUAGAGGUAGUACGGGAGCGAUCAGUGAUAGAGGAGAAUGA